CAGCUACUCUCGUCUACGUUGUUUACAAUCUUAGUGGUGAAAUAUGGCCGUUUUCAAACUUACUCGUAGCAGUUAGAGCUUGGGGAACGCUUGAUUUAGUUUUUUAAUUGUCACGUUUUAAUUCGAAAAAUAGGCUACUGUGCAGCCACCGAUUUAACGAAUUUUUCCUUGCUGUUUGUUUGGAUUUUAGCUCUUCUUAGCCGCUAAAGCUAGUUGAAAAGCUAGCAUCUCCAUAGGAAACAAUGACAGCGACUUCUGCAGGUAGCAGUAGCUCCCUUGCCGCUAAAGGACUGGACAUAAGUCUGGCUGCUUUGCAGCGACAAGACCCAUACAUCAAUAACAUUUUGGACGUGGCGAGCCAAGUUGCCCUAUAUACUUAUAACAACAGGACAAAUGAGUGGGAGAAGACAGAAGUGGAAGGUACUCUUUUUAUAUAUACAAGGCUGGCGUCUCCCAGGCAUGGCUUUACCAUCAUGAACCGACUCAGCAUGGAGAAUCUAACAGAGCCAAUCACCAAAGACCUGGACUUCCAGCUCCAGGAUCCAUUCCUGCUUUACCGCAAUGCACGAUUGGUAAUCCAUGGGAUUUGGUUCUAUGAUAAGGAGGACUGUCGACGCAUUGCCCAGGGGAUGAAGACUCUGACCCAACAGGAGCAGGUCCUGGCUCAGUCCCACGGUGGUUGGUUAUCCCGAGGAGGAGUAGGGGGAGGAGGAGAAGGUGAAGUAAAGGGAGUGGACAUCAUCCAGAUGUUAACCAAAGCCCGCACAGAGUAUGAUAAGGAAAAGUCAACCUCAGAGCCAAAGGAGAUUGGUGGUAGAGGCGUUCUAAGUGGAAACCCCAACCUGAUUAAACCAAUACCCGUUAAACCAAACACUCAGGACAAUGAAGGUGCUGAGCCCAAGCCUCUUUCUUUGGCUACUCUGUUUGGCUCUCAGCAUCAGCAUCGCUCAUCUAAACCUGACUCUGUCCCUCUUGUGAAUGCUUCACCAAUGGGAUCAUCAACAGGAAAUGAAUCUCGCCCGCCUGUAGCUCGCACACUCACCUACGAUGAUACUGUGAAUUCUGGCAGAAAUGUGGCCUCUGAUGGAGGUAUCAAGGCUGUGGUUGGGCAAGAUGGAGGAAAUGCUGUUUCUGGCUUGCUGCAAAGUCCCACUAAUUCUCACCAGCUGCAGCCUAACCAACCGCAGCACUGCCCGGCCAUCGCAAAGCUCAUGCAGGGACAGAGAGGUGUCGGUAGUGUUGGUGGGGUGCUGCAGACAGUAUCCGAGUCCCCCGAGAACCGGCUGUGUGACAACGGGGUGCUGCUGGAGCAUCACCCCCAUCACCAUCAUCUUUAUCACCAUCAGCAGCCACACCACCAUCACCCGCAUCAGCUUCAACCUGACCCAAUCAAGAGACUUUUCCAAACCCAGCCCCCUCCUCCACCCACAACCUCUUUCUCCUCUGCUGCCCCUAAGUGUUGCUCUAACCCUCAUCUCUCCUCCCAGCCUGUACUAGUGGAUUCUGCAUCAUGCGCUCACCUUCAAGCGCAACAAAGCCAGCAGCUGUUUUUCAGCCUGUCCAAUUCUCAACCUGAAAUGCAGAACAGCCAAACAGCUUCAACCGCACAGGGAACAGGACUGUCUCAGAUGCCAGGUAUGGUGUCACCUCAUGAGCUCCUCCAAAAGCUCCAGUUGGUCCAGCAGGAGCAAAGCCUGGCUUCUAAUCUCCUGCCUCGAAUCUGUCCAGGACUGGCUCCUCGAUUCUUGGGGCCUGCUCAAAGUCAGGGUGCAGGCUCAGCUUUAGCCACUGUCCCAAACCCAACUGCAGGCACUGCAGCUCAUAAAGCGGCACUGCAGUUACAGAGGAUACCAGCCACUGUGGCCCCAACUCUGCUCCUUUCUCCCAGUGUAUUCAUCCAGACAAAGUCAAGCAGUGGGUUGUCAGCAGUUGGUCAGGAGAGCUGCCACACACCCUUAACUGUGCCAAGACCCCUGCAAGAGGAGGCUAGAAUCCUUUCCAGAAGUCAGCUUCAAGCCACACUGCUGCAUCUGAUACAGACUGACAGCUCAUUCCUGGACUCCAUUUAUGAAGCAUAUGUCAGCCGCUUUGCUAAGGACUCCAGCAGCAAGUAUUGAUGCCUCUUCAUGCCCUCUUUACACACACACACACACACACACACACACACACUACUGGAAGCUAGUUCUUACACCUAAUAUGGGUGCACCAGUUCCUCCAAAUCUCUCUCACACACACACAAGCCGUAUCUCCUCUGCACUGUUUCAUCAGCAAAUCGGACUCUGUUCGCUUCAAGCUAAGUGUCUUGUUGCACAAUGGUUAUAACAAAUAAUACCUUUUGGUUUUCCAGACUAGAAACAACUUUUCCCAUGUUUGAAAAAUUUAAUUUCAGUCUGUAGAUACAGAUUUUACUUUGGACCUCAGCUUUUUGAUCUCAGUUACAUCAAAGCAUGCUGCACUUACAGUUUUCCAAGAUGUUCAAUUGUAAUAGUAAUCUGUUUCUUUUCCAUUAAGUGUAGCAGUUUUUAUUUUUUCCUUUCAAUCAGUUGUCUAGCACCAGCCAGCCUACUAGCCUUUAACAAAGUCUUCCUAGUCUAAAAUCUAGUGCUGAAGGACAUGCUCAAAUAUUUUAAGCUGUUAUUAUUUUACUUACUAAAGGCAUAACAUCUGUUAUUUAAGCACCUUGUCAUGUUGAUUUUUGUUUCGGUCCUUUUUUAACAGACAUUAGCAGUGAUAAAUAUCUGCGUUGGCAUUUUAGUUAACUAAAUGUUGUCAGCUGGUGCAUGUUGAAGAGGAUGAGUGAGCCUGCAGAAUAACUUUAUCCUGUAAUUGCUUUUCAGUUGUGAAGAAGAGUAAACGGUUUACUUUUACAGCACUUUUUAACAUAACAAGAACUCUGCUAGUCUCACUCGUUCUCUUCUGAAUAUGAUAAUCAAUUUGAAGUAGGAAAAUGACAAUAUAAGUCACACUUGAAAAAACAAGGAAAUUACAGGAGCCUGACAGCCUGCACUACCUCACAGAGCGCUAGUUUGGAGGUGUACUUGUGUUUUUAUGAAGUGGCAUAAUGGUGAUUGGUUUACAUAAUAUAGUAAGACAUUUUUGCUCAUUUUAUGUAAAGGGAUUUCAGAAGGUUUUAACACAAUUAAAUAUCACCUAAGCUGAUACAUGGUUCUAAAUAAACAAAAGGAGGUCCAGUCCAGUCCCUACCUGAUUAAUUUUGGUUAAUCAGGUAGGGAAAAAAUGUAAAUGUAACAUAUCCAACCAUAGCACGGUUAACUUGUUCAGGUCCGUUCUAAGUCCUGGUGGAAAUUAAGCAUAAAAUUUAAAAGGAAAAUGUAUUUGCACAAUACUGUUAAACUUUAUUUGCCAUAUAAAGUGAUAUUUUUCAUUCAGUUGAUCGUCAUUCAGUACUUAAAUCGUUUAAUUUUUUUUCAGAGUCGUGGUUUUCAGUUGGUGAUCAGCUUGUGUGUUAAACUCAUAUAUAGCCAGCCUGGACAGUAGCUACCAGACAGACACAUCAGCAGCAACAAAGGCAGAGAAUAUCUUUCAGGAAAAAAAAAAAAAAAAGAUUUUAUUCCAUAUUUUUGUACUCAAGAAGAAAAUUUGUACAAAUACCCAGCAUGUAUUUAAAGGUAUAUCGAAAUGUAAAGUUCAAAAUUCUGCAACAUAUGUUCAGAUGCUGUUUUAAUUCAAAAGAUGUCAUCUGUGAUGUUUCUGUAAACAGAAUAGGAAACAUUGAAAUGUUAAUUAAAGUUUUUCUACAGGUUAAAUUUUAUUCCUUUUGGCUGGGAUAUUUUUUUGUUACAUAAACUGGAAUAUAU